AUGACUUCGGCAUUGGUGCUGCACCCGGGUCUGGGGGAGCGCGUCAUGUUCCUUUACGACAACGGCGCCUUGGACGGCAUCGGCAAGGGGACGCUGCAGCAAGACAGCAUGGCGCCCGCGAACGCUGGACAGACGGACGGCGUGAAGACCUCCUCCUCGUGCCCACCUUGCCAGGCCCCGCAAGGUUCCCCGACGGCCGCCACCCUCGGCUACGGCUACCCCUUCGGCGCGAGCGGCUACUACGGCUGCCGCGUGGGUCACGGAAUGGGCGCCCACGUGAAAGCGACCUGCGGAUCGGCGGCGCAGACGGCGGCCGCGAGCCUCGCCUCGGGCUACGGGCCGCACUCGCUCGUCGACAAAUACGUGCAGGACGUCUCCGUGGGACUACAACCGAGCAACGGCGUCGGCUCAUCCGUUGCUGCUGGAGGCGGCGGCGUCGGUGGUGGCGGCGGCGGCGGUGGUAUCGGUGGUGGUGGAGGCGGUGUCGUUGGUGGUGGUGGUGGUAUUGGUGGAGGCGGUGUGGGUGAUGAUUACACGAGCGGGCGUGCAGCUAAAGACUUCGCCUUCUACCCCAGCUACGGCAGCGCUUAUCACCACCACCACCACCAUCAUCAGCACAUGCCGGGCUACUUAGACAUGCCCGUGGUGCCGCACGCGUCGCUCGCCCCGCCGAGCGAAGGUCGCCACGACCCCAUCCUUCACCACGGAAUGGACGGAUACCACCAUCAGCCGUGGGCGCUGCCCAAUGGAUGGAACGGGCAAAUGUACUGCGCCAAGGAGCAGAGUCAGCUGUCACACCUGUGGAAGUCGCCGCUCGCAGACGGCUCGCAACCUCCGCACGAGAUGAGCCUCUUCCGCCGGGGCCGCAAGAAGAGAGUCCCCUACACCAAGGUGCAGCUGAAGGAGCUCGAGCGGGAGUACGCCGCCAACAAGUUCAUCACCAAGGACAAGCGGAGGAAAAUUUCGGCCGCCAUCAGCUUAUCCGAACGCCAGGUCACCAUCUGGUUCCAGAACCGCAGGGUCAAAGAAAAGAAGGUUGUGUCCAAGAUGAAAACGACUCACCUGUGAUGAGGAUGUAGCGUCGGGUGAAACGCACGCAUGCAUACACAAAGACAAAGAUUUUUUUCCCCUCCUCGCUCGCCCGCCCGCCCGCCCGCUGCCCGCCUGGCCUCUUGAACAGGCUGCUGCUGUUGGGGCGAGUACUGUUUGCGAGCUCCUCGUGAAGAAGGCUGGCACGGCACACGAGGUUGGGUGAGUGGCCAACGCCCGGCCGCCUCUGUCUCCCCCGGUGGUGGUGUUUUUUUUGUGCACGCGCACACACACACACAUACGCGCACCGCGCACCGGAUACUCAAUUUCCGGUCGAGUAAACGUCCAUGAGGACCGGGUCCAAACAUUCGACACAUCACUCGUUGGUCGUGAGCGGCAGUCGGAAACUCGGGCUCGCCGCGUUCGCAGCGACAGUGUGCUGACCACUGCGCCACCGCUCCCCUCACCGCGCACGCGCACACGCGCACACGCGCGCACGCACGCGCGCGCACGCCCGUAAUGCGUCGAGCGCGACGCUCAUCACCGGCGUUCCGAACACGUGAUC